ACUCUACCCUGGGUGACAGCUUGAGGCUCUGUCUCCCCCCCCAAAAAAAAAAAAAAUGCUAGGCUCUGUCUCAAAAAUUAAUAAAUAAAUGCUGCAUGACCCAUUGUAUGCACAUACUAUGUUUGGGGUUGCUUUCACCUCUGGCUGUUGUGAAUAAGGCUGCUAUCAAAAUGGGAACAUAAAUAGCUCUAGGCCCUGCUUUCAGUUAUUUUGAAUGUAUACCCUCCCCCCCAAGUGGAACUAAUAAUGUAAAUUUUUUGCUUUGAGUUGUUUGAGGAACCUCCAUACUAUUUUCAGUAGUGGCUACGCCAUUGUACAUACUACAGGGCACAAGUAUUGCAGUUUUGCUAAAUUCUCACCAGUUCUGAUUGUAUGCUGUUUUGAUCAUGGCUAUCCUAAUGGGUGUGAGGCAGGGGUGUCCAACCUGGGGCCCUGCAUUCUGCAUUUGUGAGGACCUUUUUGGCUUAUCUGUGGUGUCAGAUCUCGUAAAAAGUAUGCUUGGCCUUUGGGAGAGGGUUUCCUUACCAUUUGUGUGUUUAAUGUAUGCCCCCAAGGCAACUCUUCUAGUGUGGGGCAGAGGAAAAAAAUGGCUGGACAGGCUUGGCACCGAUAGCUCAGUGGUUAGGGCACCACCCACAUAAACUGAGGCAGGCAGGUUUGAACCCAGCCCGGGCAAGUGGUUGGACAUUCUAACUUCAGAAUAUCUAACCUUGCAAUCAUAGAUAUGUAAUUUAGAAAAUGCCUCAGUCCUCUAUAAAAAUCACUUUGUCUUUUCCAUCAUUAAUUUGGACAGAAAGUAGAGCCCUGAAAAUCUUUCUUCUAAAAGCAGGAGUCAGCAAACUUUGUGUAAAGGAAAUUUUGCAAGGCAGACAGUCUUACAACUACUCAGCUCUGUCCUUAUAGGGAGAACAUAACCAUUGGCAAUGAAUGGGUGUGGCAAGGGUCCAGUAAGGCUUUAUUUACAAAAGGGUAAUAUUUUCCCCAGAGAAAAGUGAUAGAAAUAAGUUGUAUAUGAGUAGCCAGCUGUUCCAGAUUUGGUUUUUCACCUUUCUCCUUUAUGUACACGUGUAACAUUUUAUUGAUUUGUUUUCUUUCAUAUUUCUUGCCCUUUGACUUAUUUUUCUUGAUCUUAGCAGUCAUAAAAGUCUUUACAUUCACUUGAUUGAUGCUGUCCAGCUGUGUCUUAGGGUGUUGAAGACAAUUGCUUUCUUUUGUGUACUAUGACUAAAAAAAAAAUGCUGACUAUUUGAGCCUUACUCUUAGUUUGGAUGUAGAGUUUAUUAACUACCGAUGAUGAACAGGUAUAAGCAUUUAGUUUCUGUCAAGAUGGAAGAAGAAUGCCUCUGUUUCAAUAAAUGUACCUGAAAACCCUGGACUGAAUGUAUGGAGCAGCUGUGUGAGAACUCGGAGAAGUAUAUGUUAGCAGAUCUGAGUGGGACAUACUUUUGAAGGAUGUGCAAUGUUCAAUCAUAAGUGUGACAAAAACUGACAAGCAGGAAGCUUAUGUACUCAGUGAGAGUAGCAUGUUUGUCUCCAAGAGACGUUUCAUUUUGAAGACAUGUGGUACCACCCUCUUGCUGAAAGCACUGGUUCCCCUGUUGAAGCUUGCUAGGGAUUACAGUGGGUUUGACUCAAUUCAAAGCUUCUUUUAUUCUCGUAAGAAUUUCAUGAAGCCUUCUCACCAAGGGUACCCACACCGGAAUUUCCAGGAAGAAAUAGAAUUUCUAAAUGCAAUUUUCCCAAAUGGAGCAGCAUAUUGUAUGGGACGUAUGAAUUCUGAUUGUUGGUACUUAUAUACUCUGGAUUUCCCAGAGAGUCGAGUAAUCAGUCAGCCAGAUCAAACCCUGGAAAUUCUGAUGAGUGAGCUUGACCCAGCAGUUAUGGACCAGUUCUACAUGAAAGAUGGUGUUACUGCAAAGGAUGUCACUCGUGAGAGUGGAAUUCGUGACCUGAUACCAGGUUCUGUCAUUGAUGCCACAUUGUUCAAUCCUUGUGGGUAUUCAAUGAAUGGAAUGAAAUCGGAUGGAACUUAUUGGACUAUUCACAUCACUCCAGAACCAGAAUUUUCUUAUGUUAGCUUUGAAACAAACUUAAGUCAGACCUCCUAUGAUGACCUGAUCAGGAAAGUUGUGGAAGUCUUCAAGCCAGGAAAAUUUGUGACCACCUUGUUUGUUAAUCAGAGUUCUAAGUGUCGCACAGUGCUUUCUUCACCCCAGAAGAUUGAAGGCUUUAAACGUCUUGAUUGUCAGAGUGCUAUGUUCAAUGAUUACAAUUUUGUUUUUACCAGUUUUGCUAAGAAGCAGCAACAACAGCAGAGUUGAUUAAGAAAAAUGAAGAAAAAACGCAAAAAGAGAACACAUGUAGAAGGUGGUGGCUGCUUUCUAGAUGUUAAUACUGGGGGCCAUGCUUUCCAUAACCACCACCUUGUAGUUGCAGAAAGCCCUAGAUGUAAUGAUAGUGUAAUCAUUUUGAAUUGUAUGCAUUAUUAUAUCAAAGAGUUAGAUAUCUUGCAUGAAUGCUCUCUUCUGUGUUUAGGUAUUCUAUGCCACUCUUGCUGUGAAAUUGAAGUGCAUGUAGAAAAAACCUUUUACUAUAUGAAACUUUACAACACUUGUGAAAACAAUUCAAUUUGGUUUCUGCACAGUGUAAUAUUUCUCCAGGUAUCCUCCAAAAUUCCCCACAGACAAGGCUUUCGUCCUCAUUAGGCGUUGGCCUCAGCCUAACCAUCUGGGACUGUUCUGUAAAAUUGCUGCCAGAAUUUUACAUCCAGUACCUCCACUUUCUAGAACUUAUUCUUUACUAAUGUUACUGGGACAAUUUUUACUUCAUACAGGUGUUUUUUGCAACAGCAGUUAUUAAAGUUUUUCUUCCACAAGUUGGGUCCUCUUAAAAUGAUUGCAGUUACUUACUUUGCGUAUUACUAUUAAAAUUAUUCGUCUGUGCAUUUAUACUCCUAUAAUUGAUUUCUUCCCUCACCAUGGUGUCUCCCCCAAGCCCUCCAAAUAAAGCAAUACACUG